AUGGCGCCCCAAGACCGCCUUAGCCAAGUCUCCUCCCACCUCAACUUCCCCCAGGGACUCUUCCACAACCAAACCGCCAUCGUUACCGGCGCAGGACAAGGCAUUGGCGCUGAAGCAGCACGCCUUUUUGCCAAUGAAGGUGCCAAGGUCGUAGUCGCUGAUAUCGAUCAGGUAAAAGCAGAAGCAGUCACCAAAAGCAUCAACGACAUCUCACCCAACCGCGCAAUCGCCGUUGCAGGCGAUGUCAUGGACGCAGCUUACAUCGACACUCUCGUCAAGAAAUCCGCAGAAUUCGGCGGCGGCAAGAUUCAUAUCAUUGUCAACAAUGCUGGAUUUACCUGGGAUGGCGUUAUUCACAAGAUCACUGAUAAACAAUGGGAUACCAUGAUCUCCGUCCACAACACAGCACCAUUCAAACUCAUCCGCGCUGCCGCGCCCUAUUUCCGCGUAAAGGACAAGGAGCCUCGCGUCAUUAUCAACAUUAGCUCUACAAGUGGCACACACGGCAACGCAGGUCAAGCAAACUACUCCCUCGCCAAAGCUGGCGUGGUCGGUCUCACAAAAACAAUCGCCAAAGAAUGGGGCCCUCAAUUCGGUGUGCGCGCCGUCACAAUCGCCUUCGGCUACAUCCUUACACGCUUGACAGCCGCAAAAGAAGACGGCGCAACAUUCGUGGCCGCGGACGGCACGAAGGUGGCUCUGGGGAUACCGGGACGCAAACCUGCGGCAGCGCAAGGGACGGGGGCGACGGCUUAUACGGAUAUUCCGUUGCGAAGGCCGGGGACGCCGGAGGAGGCGGCGAGGGCGAUUGUGGGUGCGGCGAGUCCAUGGUUUUCGUAUGUUAAUGGGGAGACUAUUGAGGUUACUGGGGGCAGGAAUAUCUAG